UCUCCAAACCUCAUCACCCCAAUUUCAUCAAAAUGGCCUCUAACCCCCCCCGCUGCCUGCUGUGCCUCUGGCUUCAAGCACGAAGGUACUCCUCUUGGCGAGAUCAAGAACAUCGACGGAGUUAACACCUACAUCGCCUACCCCAAGGAUAACAAGACUCCCGAGAAGGCCAUUAUUUACAUAACCGACGUUUUCGGCAUCUUCCCCAAUUCCCAGCUGCUCGCUGACGAGUAUGCCAACAAUGGUUACCUGACCAUCAUGCCGGAUAUUCUCCAGGGUGACCCGAUUAGCGUCAGCGAUAUGGAAUCUGGCAAGGCCGAUCUGCCCGCAUGGCUUCCCAAGCACCAGAUCGCGGACGUCGAGCCCGUCAUUGACUCGACUCUCAAGUACGUUCGUGAGACUCUGGGCGUGAAGAGAGUUGGUGCUGUGGGUUACUGCUUCGGCGGUAAGUACGUCACCCGCUACCUCCAGCCCGGCAAGAUUGACGCCGGCUUCAUUGCCCACCCCUCGUUCGUUACCCACGAGGAACUCGGUGCCAUUAAGGGCCCCCUUUCCAUCGCCGCUGCCGAGGUCGACGCCAUCUUCACUACUCAGCUGCGCCACGAGUCCGAGGAGACUCUUAUCAAGGCCGCUCAGCCCUGGCAAAUUAACCUGUUCAGUGGAGUCAGCCACGGCUUCGCUGUCCGCGGUGAUCUCAGCGAUCCUAAGCAGAAGUGGGCCAAGCAGCAAGCCUUCUGCCAGGCCAUCGGCUGGUUCAACGAGUACCUGUAA